AGAAAAACAAAACAAAAGCAUGCCAAAUGCCCAUGAUUAAACCAGUUUGACUAGGCAUGACUCCGAGUCUAAAUACAACUCGUUAUCAGCGGCAACCUGUUCUGUGUUAGGCUGUGCCCCUCGAAUUAGAAUAAAUAGAUUUCGUAAUAGAGCUCUGUGGGCCGGUCCCGUCAUUUUCAGUUCAUUCGCUGUGCUAAAAUGUCUACAAAUUCGCUUGUUUCCUCCUCCAAUGCCUCCUCCUCCUCCGAUACACAGCCAAUACUCUACUCGUAUUGGCGCAGCUCGUGCUCCUGGCGCGUGCGCAUUGCGAUGAACCUAAAGGAGAUACCCUACGACAUCAAGCCGAUCAGCCUGAUCAAGUCCGGCGGCGAGCAGCACUGCAACGAGUAUCGCGAGGUCAAUCCCAUGGAGCAGGUGCCAGCUUUGCAGAUCGAUGGACACACCCUUAUCGAGUCGGUGGCCAUUAUGCACUAUCUGGAGGAGACCCGUCCCCAGCGACCCCUGCUGCCACAGGAUGUCCACAAGCGAGCUAAGGUUCGUGAGAUCGUGGAGAUCAUCUGCUCGGGCAUCCAGCCGCUGCAGAACCUCAUUGUGCUCAUCCAUGUCGGCGAGGAGAAGAAGAAGGAGUGGGCCCAGCACUGGAUCACACGCGGCUUCCGGGCUGUAGAGAAGGCACUCUCCACCUCCGCCGGAAAGUACUGCGUCGGUGACGAGAUCUCCAUGGCCGACUGCUGUCUCGUACCUCAGGUUUUCAAUGCCCGCAGAUUCCACGUGGACCUGCGCCCCUAUCCCAUUAUACUGCGCAUCGACCGUGAACUGGAGAGCAAUCCCGCCUUCCGGGCGGCCCACCCAUCCAAUCAACCGGACUGUCCGCCGGAGCUGCCCAACAAAUAGAAUUUUCCGACGCCAACUGCAAAGCGCCGUAAGACGAAAAAGUGAAUUGCAGUUCGUGACCCCCAGGCACAGGACAAACUAAAUACUUAAAUCUGAUCAGCGAGCAGGUGGGCGGAGUAGGGAUUGAACAGAGGACAGAUGACGACGGAGGAGGUUCCAUAAGCAGAAACAGUCGGAUGUGAUUUAAGAAAUUGCUAACAGCAUUUAAAUAUGCAUAAAUGCAUAAAAAUACUAUCGAUAACUUAACGAAAUUCCAACACGAAAUUCAAAUGCAAAAUUCUCAGAGACGGAACGAAAACGGAAACUAAAAAUAAUAAUAAAAAAAAACAAAACUAAA